AUGUUGUCCCACCAAGCAAAGUUUACAGAUACACUCCGGGGCUAUUUGGGAAAAGUCCACGCUUCUGAAGGCUUGGACGAUUUGGAGGACGAAGAUAGAAGUAUCUUGGAACUCAGCACUACACAGGCGAAUGGGGACGUUGAAGACUGGGAAGCCAUCGUUGCAGAUAUCAAGGAAACGCUCGCGAAGCAGGAAGAUUGGGCGCAGGAUGGGGCAAACCAGUAUCUAUUGGAAUCAGAGUUUGGGGGCAACGUCCCAUUUCAGAACCCCUUCCGGUCUCUGCAGGCUGUCGCAGAGCUACCCCGGGAUAGUGACGUGGAGACUGUGGCUUAUGAGGAACCACAGGUAGCCCCACCUCUUCCUAAACGCAGUGAGCCAUCCCCCUCACCGGUGGUCGCAUCGGAGAAACGGUUCGACAGAAGUUGGCUCCUAGAGCAGUGCGAGAUACAUCUCACUCAGGAGCCUGGCGCAUUGACCGCUGCGGAGUUGGGCACUGACGUCUUUGCGAUCUUGCGAUCGAACCGGGGCGAUGAUGACAUUCAGAGCGCUUUGGUCGAUCUUCUGGGUUACUCUAAUCUGGGCUUCCUUCACGAACUUCUUGGACAUCGUCGGAAAAUCGUCGAAACGAUCACCGAACAGGCUCAGUAUGAGAGCCCCCCGGCACCGGACAGAAUUGAGUCCGCUCCAGCCUACCAACCGCGAGCACCUGUAUAUGGAGCGCAGGUUACCGUCAUGUCCGAGACAGAAAAGGUGCAGAUGAAGCAACAGAGAAGGGAAGCGAAGAAACGGAACAAACUUACUCGAGAAGAAGACGACCUGCUCGCCUCAGCAAGCAUCCUGGGCUUCGAAGGACAGCAUCUUCGAAAAGUGAGGGAAGAGCAGCUGCGAAAUGGUCCGGAAACGACGGACAACGGAUUUGAUCUGGUGCGUGCUCCCGAGGAGGAGCUGCCCAAUGUUUAUCGGUCAGGAUCGGGCGGUUCCACCCUAUCGAUGUUCGGGACCCGGUUUGCCCUCCCCGUUGGAACAGAACGGGGGGAUUACAAGGAUUACGAGGAGUUGACCAUCCCUAUCGCGCAACCAGCACCGGUUCGCUCUACGGAGAGACGCGUGCCCAUCAGCGACUUGGAUCCGUGGGCCCAACGAGGGUUCAAAGGCUACACAGCUUUGAACCGAGUCCAGUCCAUAGUAUAUCCGAUUGCAUUCGGCACGAACGAGAACAUGCUUGUCUGCGCACCUACUGGAGCUGGUAAAACGGACAUUGCCAUGCUGACCAUCCUUCGGACACUAGCUCAGUUCCGCGAGGACGGAUACCUGAGGAAGAACGACUUCAAGAUCAUCUACGUCGCCCCGAUGAAGGCGCUAGCGGCCGAAAUCGUUCGCAAGUUUUCUUCCCGACUGGGGAAGAGAGAGGAAGAGGGAGGUCUCGGCAUUGCUGUGCGCGAGUUGACUGGGGAUAUGCAGCUGACGAAAGCGGAAAUCGCAGCUACCCAAGUCAUUGUGACGACGCCCGAAAAGUGGGACGUUGUCACUCGGAAGAGUGUCGGAGACACGGAAUUGGCACAGAAGGUGCGCCUGCUGAUCAUCGAUGAAGUGCAUCUGCUUCAUGAAGAUCGUGGAUCUGUCAUUGAGAGCAUCGUUGCGCGGACGUUGCGACAAGUGGAGUCGAGUCAAUCGAUGAUUCGUAUCGUUGGGCUGUCGGCGACGCUUCCCAACUUUGGGGACGUGGCCGCCUUCCUCGGGGUCAACAAGCAGCAAGGAUUGUUUUACUUUGACUCGAGCUUCCGCCCUGUUCCGUUGGAACAGCAUUUUAUUGGAGUGAAGGGGAAAGCGGGGUCUCAGUUGGUGCGCAAGAAAAUGGAUGAAAUUUGUUACGACAACGUCGCCGACCUUGUGCGGAACGGUGCACAGGUCAUGGUAUUUGUGCAUUCGCGGAAAGACACUGUGAAGACUGCGAUGAUGCUGAGGGACGAGGCACUCAACGAGAAUUCCCUCGGCAUAUUCGACACCACAGAAAACCCGCAAUAUGGACUUGUGCUGAAGGAGGUGCAAAAAUCGAGAAACAAGGAGCUGAGAGAGCUCUUCGCCACUGGGUUCGGAAUCCACCACGCGGGAAUGCUACGAUCUGACCGCUCACUGACGGAGCGGCUGUUCGAGAAAGGUCUCAUCAAGGUCCUAUGUUGUACGGCAACCCUGGCCUGGGGCGUCAACUUACCGGCCUACGCGGUCAUCAUCAAGGGUACGCAAGUGUAUGACGCAAAGAAAGGAGGAUUCAUCGAUCUAUCCAUCCUCGAUGUUCUGCAAAUCUUCGGUCGUGCUGGACGACCUCAGUACGAGGAUCGUGGUGUCGGUUAUAUCCUUACAUCGCACGAUAAGCUCACUCACUACGUAUCCUCCAUGACUCAACAACAUCCGAUCGAGUCUCAAUUCGCCAAUAACUUGACCGACAAUCUCAACGCCGAGAUUUCUUUGGGGACGGUUACGAAUAUGGACGAAGCUGUACGAUGGCUGUCGUAUACGUACCUGUACGCUCGGAUGAUGAAGAACCCUUUCCAAUACGGGUUGAAUUGGGCCGAGGUUCAAGAGGAUCCCACCCUGGGCAAAAGGCGUCGGGACCUUAUCAACAACGCUGCCAAAACUCUAGCCAAAACGCAGAUGAUCAACUAUGACGAAAGGAAUGGCUACCUUACACCCAAAGACUUGGGUAGAACUGCAAGCAGCUUUUACAUCCAGACUGCCAGUAUCGAGAUUUUCAACAGCAUGAUGAGGCCUCGAAUGACGGAGGCCGACGUGCUGAGCAUGCUGAGUAUGAGCACAGAAUUCGACAACAUCAAAGUGCGAGAAGAAGAGGUUCAGGAGCUGAAGGGCAUGGAGGAGGGUUGCAUGUGCGCCGUGAAGGGCGGGAUCGACACAAAUUACGGGAAAACAAACAUCCUGCUGCAGAGUUACAUUUCUCGGACCCAUGUGGAGGACUUCGCACUAGUGUCUGAUGUGGGUUACGUUGCUCAGAACGCGUCGCGUAUCCUACGAGCGCUCUUCGAGAUCGCACUGGGUCGAAACUGGGGUCCAACCGCUUCCACAAUCCUCUCGCUGUGUAAAGCGGUCGACAAGCGCAUGUGGUCGUUUGAACAUCCACUCAGUCAAUUCGAUCUCCCUGUGGAGAUCAUGAGGAAGCUGGAGAAUGCUCCGAAGCAGUUGACGAUCGAAGACAUCCGGGAAAUGGAUGGCAGAGAGGUCGGCCAGCUUGUCCGCCAUCAGAAGAUGGGAAGAACUGUCGUCAAGUGCGCCGAGCACUUCCCAUCAUUGAUUCUUGACGCUUCAAUUGCCCCGAUCACCCGCACCGUCCUUCGGGUCACGCUGACCAUCACACCGGACUUUGUCUGGAACGAUCGGGUUCACGGCAUGGUAGAACCAUGGUGGAUAUGGGUUGAGGAUCACGAGAACACCGAGAUUCUGUACAGCGAGUACUUCCUGUUGCAUAAACGACAACAGGAUGAAUCCCAGAAGAUCGGCUUUACGAUUCCGAUUCCGACAACCUCAUCGACAGUCGACCAGCUGCCGCCUCAAAUCUUUAUCCGAGCGGUUUCAGACCGAUGGAUUGGAGCCGACGUGAUCAUUCCCGUGUCGUUCAAACAUCUGAUCUUGCCAAGCUUGAACCGGUCACCAGUCACUGAACUUCUUGCUUUGCAACCGUUGCCCAUCUCGGCCUUACAAGAUCCCGUUCUGGAAGACAUUUGCGCAUCGAGAUUCCAAUAUUUCAACCCGGUACAAACGCAGAUCUUCCACACGCUGUACAGAAGCGAACACAAUGUUCUGGUCGGCGCUCCCACGGGGUCUGGCAAAACUGUCGCAGCCGAGCUUGCAAUGUGGGCUGCAUUCCGUGAGCGACCCAACUCGAAAGUGGUCUACAUCGCCCCGCUCAAAGCCUUGGUACGCGAACGAGUGUCGGACUGGAGGGCACGUCUCACUGGACCGAUGAACCGGUCACUAGUCGAGUUGACUGGCGAUGUAACACCGGACCUACGCACCAUUCAGUCCGCCGACAUCAUCAUCACGACGCCCGAGAAAUGGGACGGCAUCAGUCGUAGCUGGCAAACCCGUAAAUACGUGACGGACGUUUCCCUUGUCAUCAUCGACGAAAUUCACUUGCUCGGUGGCGAUCGUGGACCGAUCUUGGAAGUCAUCGUGUCGCGUAUGAACUACAUCUCGUCACGAACGCAAAAGAACAUCCGAAUCGUCGGAUUGAGUACAGCGCUAGCGAAUGCCAACGAUCUUGCCGAUUGGCUCGGAAUCAAGGAUGUAGGACUUUUCAACUUCCGACACUCUGUCCGCCCCGUCCCGUUGGAGAUCUACAUUGAUGGAUUCGCUGGAAAGCAUUACUGUCCGCGCAUGAUGUCGAUGAACAAACCCACCUACGCAGCGAUUAUGACACACUCGCCGACGAAACCCGUCAUCGUUUUCGUCUCGUCCCGACGACAAACGCGACUAACCGCACAGGAUUUGAUCUCGCUAUGUGGCUUGGACGAGAAUCCCAAGCGCUUCCUGCACAUGGCGGAGGAAGAUUUGGAGAUCCUUGCCUCGCAAGUCAAAGAUCAAUCCUUGAAGCUUUCUCUCGGAUUCGGCAUUGGGCUCCACCACGCCGGCUUGAUCGAGUCGGAUAGGAAGCUAUCUGAAGAGCUCUUCGUCAACGGCAAGAUUCAGAUUCUGAUUGCUACCAGUACGUUGGCUUGGGGAGUCAAUUACCCCGCACAUCUGGUCGUCAUCAAAGGAACGGAAUUCUAUGAUGCCAAGGUCAAAGGCUAUGUGGACUUCCAGAUCACCGACGUCUUGCAGAUGAUGGGACGUGCCGGGCGACCGCAGUUCGACGACUCCGGUGUGGCGCGCAUUUUGGUUCAUGAUGUCAAGAAGAAUUUUUACAAGAAGUUCCUGCAUGAGCCUUUCCCUGUGGAGAGCAGUCUGCAUACUUGCUUGCAUGAUCAUGUCUGUGCUGAGAUUGUGGGAGGCGCAAUCACAAGCAAGCAGGACGCUAUGGAUCACCUGACAUGGACGUACCUAUACAGGCGGCUCAAAAUGAAUCCAACCUUCUAUGGAGUCGAGGAUCCAACACCCGGAGGCGUUAACGUAUACAUGUCAAAGCUUGUGGAAGACACAAUACGAGAUCUGGAAGAGUCGACAUGUGUCCAGGUGGACGGUGAAUUCUCCCUGGCCCCAACAACGUAUGGCAGGAUCGCCUCCUACUACUACCUGCACUUCACGAGCAUGAAGGUCCUCAACCAACGUCUCGGACCGAACUUCAAGGCCCCGACUUUGGGAUCCCGUCCAUCAGACGGCGACUUCCCCGAGCUCUUGCGGAUUCUUUGUCAAGUAGCCGAAUACGAUGAGUUACCCGUGCGCCAUAAUGAAGACAAGAUGAACAUCGAACUCGAAAAACUCGUGCCCAUUCCUAUCAACUACACGGAGGAUGCUAGCCAGUCCUCUUUCACUAGGAGCGACGGACCAAUAGUUGAAUACGAUGACCCACACGCUAAAGCGUUCCUGCUUCUGCAAGCACAUUUGACUCGCCUUCGCAACAUGCCGUGCGCCGAUUAUUUCACGGACAUGGUGUCGGUGCUGGACCAAUCCAUUCGUGUGAUGCAAGCCAUGGUGGACGUUGCCGCAGAGCAUGGCUUCUUGUCAACCUGCCUUGGAAUCAUGAAUAUGAUGCAAUGCAUCAAGCAAGCCACAUGGCCAACAACGUCUUCCAUCUUGACAUUGCCAAGGACGUCUCCGGAGCCCGUCAACAACCUCAAGUUCAAUGGCUCGCCAGUCCGCACGCUCGCCCAGUUUACGCGCAUGAGUUCGACCGAAGUGGAUGGCGUCUUUUCCGCUGCAGGGUUCUCGCGCAACGACAGGGAGGAAAUCAAAAGGGUAGUUUCGAACCUCCCCUCCAUUGAAGUCAAGUGCCGCGUCCUGAACGCCGUAGAAAAAGUUCCAGGCCUCUGGGGCGUGGAUGCGGGACAGGAAUACGAGAUCCGGGUCGAGAUUGUCCGAAAGCGACCGUUCGGCGACGCGCCCAGUGGAGACCGUCAGUUGCGCGUGUACUCGCCAAAGUUCCCCAAGCCGCAGUAUGAAGGGUGGUGGAUCGUGCUGGGCGACGCGGCUGAGGAUGAUGUCCUCGCGCUCAAGCGGCAGGCGGCCUCGGCCGAUGGAGCGAGAGGCGCUAAACAGCAGCGGAUGACAACCGGGUUGAGAUUCAUUGCCCCGGAUGAUGUGGGCGAAGUGCAGCUUUCGCUCUUUGUUGUUAGUGAUGCAUAUGUAGGGUUGGACGAUGUCACCAAAAUCAGGUUGCUCGUCAAGUAG